AUAGACAGCUAACAAAAUGGGCCCAAUGGUGGAAAGAUACGUCAGGCGAGACCGUAAAAUUUGAUGACGAAUUUGUUUCAUCAUACUAUGCAAGAGAAGGAAAUCCGGAUAUGGAGGAAAUCUUAAAAGCUAUCG